GUAACCGUGGAGGGGAUGACGGGUGCGUGCGAGCGCACGAGCCCGCCAGUUCUUCGGUGAGGCUCGAAGAGGUCAGGUCGAUUCUUGUCACUACUCCGCUCGAGGAAAACGCGACUCGUUUUGACACACGUACACACAGGUGCACAGCACGGUUCUUGUCCUUCGACUUGGUUGGUGUCGGUGCUCUCGGUGAAACGCGGUCGAGACGUGUCAACGUUGUUCUCGUUGCGUCGUCGCAUGUUCGUGCUGAUCCGUCGUGUGCAAGGGCGAGUCGUUCUCUCGUGAUCUUUGGUCGUUGUUGUUGUGGCUGGGCUGUUUCUCCGAGGCCAAAUGCGAACAGGUAGAAGAUACAUUCAUCGAUGAAAGAAGAACGAGAGCAGAGGUUAUGACGACUGUCAUCGAGUGGAUUAUCGCCACUGCCGUUACAGUUUUGGGGAGAUAAGCAACCACUGUGUGUGCGUCCGCGGCCUAGUGACCUGACCUUGAGUCGGCCCGACCAGGUGUCUUGGUAAACCAGAGAGGCAGCUGAUUCCCGUGACUGGGUCUCGGAUAAAUAACCCGGAUGACAAGAUUUCUGGGUAUAAAAAUCAGCUUGCAUGGACCUUGACUAGCCGGCCUUAAUGCGAGGACUGCAGGCAUUCAGUGCACCGAGAGAGGAAUCCUCAAGAAUGUGAACAAAUAAACGAACGCAAAUGCCCAACAAGGCACGGCCUCGUCGAGAGUGGUCUCCCCAGUCCCCUAUAGAUGUAUUGUGGAUGUCCCGCUCUGCCAUGAGGCCGGCCGAGGGCGACACAUCGGACUGCAUCCUGGUGGUUGGCAUAUCCAGACCGAAAAUGGCCGCUGCCUUCCUCACCGUUGUCCUACUUUCCCUCUUUCUGACCUUCCACAUUCUGUACGAUAGCGCGGUAUACAGUCUUCACGCAGCCUCCGCCGUCGAGGGUCGUACCGUCGAACUCGUCUCCCAAGUCCGCGCCACACCGCCUUUGCUCUUCUCCAGCAAGGUGCACUUCCCACGCACCAGCCGUCAUCUACCUCAGGCGAUCAUCAUCGGCGUACGGAAAUGCGGCACCAGGGCGCUCCUCGAGAUGCUCUUCCUUCACCCGCAAAUCCAGAAAGCCGCCGGCGAGGUACAUUUCUUCGACCGCGACGAUAAUUACGGGAAAGGCCUCGAGUGGUAUCGACGCAAGAUGCCUUAUUCCUUCAGGGGCCAAAUCACCAUCGAGAAAAGUCCCAGCUAUUUCGUCACGCCAGAGGUACCUGAAAGAAUCCGCGCGAUGAACGCGAGCGUGAAGCUGCUGCUGAUAGUGCGGGAACCAGUGACCAGAGCGAUAUCCGACUACACUCAGCUGCGGACGCACGCCGCGACCGCUUCGACCCUGACGAAUGGAACACCACGAAGUAUCCAGCAACAGCAGGCGGCGCGUAGCUUCGAGGAAUUGGUGAUACGACCGGACGGCAGCAUCAACGAGUCGUACAGGCCAGUAGCGAUUUCCCUGUACCACACGUACAUGCAUAGGUGGCUGGAGGUGUUCUCCAGGGAGCAGAUCCUCAUAGUGAACGGUGACCAAUUGAUCGAGGAUCCGGUGCCUCAGUUGCGCAGGAUCGAGAAUUUCCUCGGAUUGGAGCCACGGAUCGGCAGGCACAAUUUCUACUUCAACCACACGAAAGGCUUCUACUGUCUGCGCAAUGAGACGUCGGAGAAAUGUCUGAAGGAGAGCAAAGGCAGACGACAUCCACGCGUUAGUCCCGUGGUGGUCACCAAGCUAAGGAGGUUCUUCAACGAACACAAUCAACGAUUCUACGAGCUCGUAGGGGAAGAUCUCGGCUGGCCUGAGGAAUAGCCGUCGUAGAGAAGCGGUUCGAUCGCUGUGUCAUAGACGCGGGUAGCCACGCGAGGAAGUCCAAAGUUCGCGAAGAAGCUGCUUUAUUUUUUCUAAACGUCGGAGUAUGGCGCAGCUGGUACUGACGCGGUACAAUUCUUUUUUUUUUUUCUUCUAGUUUGCGUCGAUCGAAUUUUAAGAAUGGAAAUCACGAAGAUCCCUCGACAUGGACGAGAUCUGGACGCGGAACGGAGGAGCGGAUCAGCUACAGAGAAUAGGUUCGUUCCGCGGGAACUCGGCUGGUCCGAGAGAACUUCUUAACAAAGCGAACGCGAGCGAGGUUUCUGCGCUUGACGCGGUUAAAGGAAUCUUGUAAUUGCUACGGAGUACCUCGAAAAUCUUGAUCCACGGGGAUUACGUGAGGAAGUUGGUCGAAAUUAGCGGAAACAUCGUCCAGGGAACCGAGGGCAAAUUAAGCAACGCCAACCCUGUGAAAGAAGACAACAACGCGGAAUUGAACGGCGAAUCAAGCGAACAUUUCGUACCACAAAGGACGAAGGCAUCUUCGUGAUUCGAAUUCAUUAAUGGAAAUAUUCGAGCUUUUGAAGACUAAUUAGGAUCGCCUUUGGUUCGAGAAAUAACGCAACAAAGUUACCUGCAAGUGCAUCGUUGUCGUCUGAUAUUACUUCGUUGGAUAUUUGAAAAUUCUUCGAAAGCAGCAGUUUCGCCUGGCGCUUCUCGUCGCGGGAAGAAUCGAGGCUGAUCAGGAUAAGUACCUUUUAUAUUUUAUGAUUAGCCGUAACAUCGAAAACGGGUAACGCGUCGAUGGUUAAAUGUAAUUCAGCGAUUUAGGAACUGUCGAUGUGCUCGAAUUCCAAGGAUCAGUAAUCGUAGAAAAACCAGAUAGAAAUCUUUCAUUUCGCACGGACGAUGAUGCAAAAAUUCUAAUUACUCCGGAAUAUUAUUAAAAGAAAAAAGUAUCUACGAAACACGUUUCUCGUUCGUCAAUGAUUUAAUACUCGGUUAUCGUCUUGUUAACAGCGCGAGAUAUAAUAAAACGAGUUCCUUUGGUAGGGAAGAAAGGAGAGAGUGCGAUUCGUUUUCUGAAAAAAGUGCAACAGUUCUGUUGCCGUCUCUUCGAAGAGGAGGCCCGAGCACGCGAACUCGAGUGAACAUGGAAGAGCCCGUGGCAAUGAGUCAAGCCAUUAAAUCGAGUGCAUGCAAUUUAAUGGAUAUAUGCUCCGGCCAGGACUCUUCAUUAUUAUCGGAGAUCCUGAGCCCCUCUCGUGUUCGCGUUUCAGCCGUUCGUCCUUGCGUGCUAAAUGCUUCGAGUUGUCGCUUCGUAGCGCCGACGAGACCGAUUUCUGCAUCUCGAUCGAUGCUCCGUCGUAAAACAAGUUUCAUUCUCGUACAGUGUCGCGGUUAACGCGUCGUUGAUACAAUAGUAAUAUCGUUUAGGAAAAUACGAAAAUACCAGCAAAUUACAAACACCUUUCGGAUCACGAAAUAGAUAUAAAAAAUCGAGUCUAUCUCAGGGAAUCAGCUAAUUAUUCGAACUGCGUCGUAUGUUCCCGACAAUAGCCACCACUCACCGAAGACAGAAAUAUCCGUAAUUUUUAUCGAACAAGAUAAAAGGAUUCGUUCAGCGAGAAAUACCUACGAUCGUUCAACGAUACUUAACGCACACACAAUUUAAUUCACCAACGAUAAAAGAACAUGCAACGCAGUCUGAAACUUCAUAUUUAUUUCCGUGAUAUAAAAUGCCCGAACUCUUCGCGCUAUACCGUGCGAAUUUGCUUAACGCGUCUAUCGACAAAUUAUAUUUAUUACGAAACAAUUUAUUAUAAAAGAAAUAUAAACGAGAUACAAAACGUAGUUAUAGGAGCGUGUAACUUGGAAAUAUGGAACGUUAGAGACAUUUAAAAGAAGCUUGUAGAAAAAUGACUCGCGCCAAGUCAGUUUAACAACGCGUGAUCCGAUAGGCAUCCGAUUAACUCGACGGCCGAAGAUGAUCGGCAGGCGUGGAAUUGAUUAAACGUUCGUCGUGGAAAGGGUAACGAGAUGAUCGAGGCGGACGAAGAAAAUUAGCCAGGCAGCGCGUGCGAAAUCGAUCGGGCAACGUCUGACCGUGUGAAAGCUGGGCAAAUCGUCGGCAGAAAUAUCAGGGGUUGAAUAGCGUGGAACAUCGGGCAGCGAUCCUCGAUAUCAGUCACGGCCACGUGUAUCCCAGAGGAGCGGCCUAUCGCAACCGAAACGUGGAACAGUAGAUUCCGGAUGGGUCGUUACUCAGAGGGGCUGGAUAUCUGUCCGUCGAUUCUCGGUGGCGAACGAACGAAUUCGAGCACAUUGUACCUGGUGGCGCGGCUCUGCUCGACUCGGCUCGGCUUGGCGCGCCCGUCUAUUUGGGUCGAUCGAUCUCCGGUAAGAGAGCAGAAUGAUCCAUCGAUGCUGUUACCCGUUCCUCCGCGUGGCUGCGCGCAAGACCGCACGUCUUGUUCCAUCGUACAUUCACCUGCAUACACCCGUACACAUAUGUAUCGUACACGUACACGUACAAGAAAAGGGAACUCGCGCGCGCGUACACACACACACACACACAUACGUACUUAGGUACGUGUUUACGUGUAUAGGUAACUAGAGACAACGGAGACGGACAGACGGACGGGACGGACAGACACUGUUCACAGGAAGUAACGCCGGCCAAAAUAAAAUAGAGGCGAGAGUCCGAUGGAACGAUCGGUUUCAGGAGUAUAAGCUUCCUGAAGCUUCAGCGACUCGUUUCGCGGGCCCCGUCGCCAUGGAUCACAUUGGUCCGUGAGUUUACAUAUCAUAUAGGGUUAACUAGUUGAUAUUACAGAAGAUUUAAUAUUUUUAUAAUCCACAUUGGAAGUUGUUAUAUCGAGUCGUUAAGCUUAUUGUGUACAGGAGGAGAGCCACCCGUCUGCAUAGGAACAAUGGGAUUUUAGAGAAGAAAGAGAGCUCUCUGUGAUCUUGGGUUUCGUCGCUCCGUCUAAUCCGUUAAUCGAUCGCGUUCGUUUCGUGUAUCGCGACGAAGGAUAUCGUAGUUUUCUUUCGCCGCACGUGGUGCACGACUCGCCGAAUGAAUUAGGGGGAUGAAAGGAGGAUCGUUUGGCGAGCAGCGUCGAGCCGUUCUGCUUCGGCAGCCAGAAAGGCUUCAGCAGCAGCAGGAGUUGGUUAAAGCUGUAAUUUUUUAUACGUGUUACUAUUAUACCGUGAAAUGUUGGCGAAUUUCAUUCGUACCGCGAUGCAAUCAUAUCAUUUUUAUUACUAUUUAACGUAGUAAGAUACAUUACGUCGAAAUAAACAAAAGUUAAACUGCACAUAUCGUUAGAAUUAAGAAAUAAUUGGUAAUUACUAAUCGUCGAUGUUCGAAUUGGAUAUUGAUCGCGAUGUUUAAUCCGGUUAUUUAAGAAGUUUCGAUAAGAAAGAGUAAAUAGAAUAUUCUUAAAAUCGUAGAUCGAAGUUAUCUGCGAGGAAUUAUUAUAUUAUUGCGUUUAAUUCGAUACCAGCGAUUCUUGAUCAUUGUCGUCAUAAGCUGGGACGAAAUAAAGUUUCGAACGAUUCAAAAUUGACGCGAACUUGCGAAGCAAGCUUCGACGUUCAUUCGUAUCGCUUUUUAUCAAUUUAUUAAUUGCAUAAGUUGAAGGGCAGUUAAUUUGACUAAAAGCUCGAAGCUCGAUAUGAAAUCAGAGAGAAAAUUCAAAUUUGUAAAUUGAUCGACAUUUUCGUUGCUUCUACUUUUUCGAGUACCUACUCUUUACUUUAAUACACGCACACAUAUAAUAUAUUUGAUUCGUAUAAAAACUAGGACGUAAGCGCGAAACGGAUACAUAUCAGAAAAUUGUGAUAAGGAGACGUAUAUAUAAAUUUUUAUAAGGUAUAUGUUUAGGCGAUUUAUUAAAAUAAUCGUGGAGUUAAAAGAUGGAAAAAAUUAUCGUUAAUUGAAGAAAGAAUAGCGUGACAAAUUUUCAUAUCCUGUAUUUUUCGAGGAGACACGACAAAUUUACUAUAUUUUUAACGUUCACCGAAUUAAAUAAUAGUCGUUAAAUCACUUUGAUUUGUAGAUACGAAAAGAUAUUAUUCUAUAAACAAUGAUUCAAAUAUUGAUACUUUUUAGUAUAUUUGUAACGUUCGCUGAAUUAAAUAGUAAACGUUAAAUCAUCUUGAUUUAUGGAUACCGAAAUAUAUUACCCGAUGAACAAUGAUUCAAAUAUUGAUACUCGAAUUUAAUAACGCGAUAUAUACGCUUUACACUUAGACUGGCUGUUUUAUUCCCCUCAUUAUACAAUGGUACGAAAAAUCUCUCCAUUUUGUUUAUCUCAUCUUUUUUACGCUUCCUUAUGCGUAGAAUAUUGAACCAAAAUGAAAAGAUCUAAAGGAGACGAUCCUAAAUUUUGUUUAAAAUAUACAAAAAUAUAAAAAGAAGUGACUUUUUCAUCUUAAGCCAUGUAAUUAUGACAAAUUUUUCAGGGCUUAACAAUUAAAAGAGAAUUCAUCCUGGGAGUUUACCUCUCGCGAAUCCUUAUUUUAAAAUCUAAAUACGAUCGAUCCAACGAUCGAUCUGAAUUCGCUCGUCGUAUCGUUGGUACGUGAGGUCAUGGAAGAAAAAUCCUGAAGGAAUCUAAGGAGUGCGUGUCACGGUUGACCUAAAAUUGACCUAAAGCUAAACGAAAUCCUACAGAUAGCCUGUUGAUGUUCGUAUUCGUCGUAAUAAAGCUUGUAUCGCACACCCUAUGUAAACCUAUUCCAAUAUCCGAGGUUCCAGAUUGAAGCAAGGAUAUCAACAGCGGAGAAAAAGAGAAAGGGGAGCAGAGAAAUAGGAAGGGGCUCCUAUAUAUCACGUGAAGAUAAAAGUUCGCGAUAAAAUUGACCAUUUGUUUCUGAAGAAAAAAGAAGAGAGAACCCGGCGCGAAGAUUCCAUCGAUCGCUCCUGGGGACCCGUGACGCCUCGAUGAACGAACUUGGAAUGCGUAUAAUAGUCGGAGAAAAUUGCUCGGAAAUCUUUCAAUACGUUCUCUUCCGUACUGUGUCGUCCACUGGCCAUUUGUACCGAAUUCGCGACAAAAAUAGAGAUCCCAUUAUACUUCGAAUUGGAUUUUUCGACAGUGAGGAACAAGAUUUUUCUGAACGCUGUGCAAUUUUAUAAAUUUGAGAUUUAUAACCCUUGACAAAAAGUAAUUAUAUACGACUAGCCUUUUUGGAACAUCCUGUGUAUAUGUAGUUUUAUUUUUAAAAAAAACAGUAAUAUUUAUAGUGGAAGUAAUCGUUUUGUUCGAUCAGAAACGUAUCGUACAAACGUAUUUCGAUAUAAAUUUUAUUCUUUUUUUUUUUUUUUUUUUUUUGCCUUUGCAAAGUAUGUUAUAUGCCGAAAAAUUUGCAGGAAAUUUGCAAUUUAAAUCGAAAACACUUUUCACGGUGUCGUUCAUUAAAUCGCGUAUCUUUUUCGGCCCGGUGCACCGCGGUAUCGCGAAAUUACACGGAGGAACGAAAACUCGUUUCCAUUGAGUGAGCGGGCAAGGAAAGUUAACUGAGAAACCUUGGAAAAUCCACCGUUCGUCUCCGUUUCCAACGAAUGCCGUGAAAGUCCCGUUAUAAGAAGCUGCUAGUAAAAAAAUUUUCUCUAACAGAAAUAUACGGGAUCGUUUCAAAAGAUAGCUUGUUAAAAAAUAAAUUGAUCUAUUCGCGUAUAGAUAUCCAUUGUUUUCAUAAGGCUUUUCUUUCAUUGUAAGAAGCAAGUUUCCGCGUAAAAAUAUCGAUGAUAUUCGUACAACGUAUCGUUUCUGUAACAUAUGUAAAUGACAGGGAUAUUCUUUGAUAUUUCAAUUACCGCAACCGUAGUGCAGUUUUGAGUGAUACGAAGAACGAUAGUGAUCGAACGAUACGAUAGUUAUGUAGACAAGGGUAUCAGAAAUCGCGAAUGCUUUGCACGCUUCAAGUGUGACACUCGAUAUCGGAAAGCGUACUUUUCCUUCGGGAACAGGAACAGGAGAAGUGUCAAGGAAUUCGGUCAAUCGCGAAUAAACUUGUCACGGAAAGCUUAGGUGUUUGAUCAAGGUUUUAUCCUACGAGUAUCUUUGAAGCCUCCAGAAAUAUCACUAUAAUCGACGAAAAAUUCUCCGUUCUUGACCCUCUGACCUCCUUUAAACCUGAAAUUUUAAUAAAAGGAGCAGGGUGGAAAAGAAGCGAAGAAAGGUGGUAUCGGAUAUUGUUAUUGCUCUUUUUUUUUUUUUUUUUUUUUUUUUUUACUAGCCUUUAUCAUAAUCGAUCCGUUGCAUUCCUCGUCGCAUUUCGUUCUAGUUUAUAUCUCUGUACUAUGGAUAACAGGUUUAUUUUUUCUAACAAACAAUUCGUCUAAAAAAAUAUUUCGUCCUGAGCCUCCACGAUUUUUUAUAAAAUACAGUGUUUUCUAUUAAAUAUAUUAAAUUUAAUAUCGUAUCGUAUUUGUUAUCUCUUUAUUUAUUUUUAUUUACUCAGUGCUCUGUCCAUACACUACGUGUGUUUGUAUCUACGGUCUCGUCGCACUUUGACGAAUACAUCUAUGAAACAUACAAAUAUUCCUAACUUACAAAAUAAAACCAUUUCAACCAGUACAAAUUAAAUAUAUCUUAUCUAUAUAAAUUAAACUUAACUUUAUUCAGACUUUUCUUUUCUGCCUCUGUACUAACCACUGCCUCUAAUUUCGCUAUCGAACUUUUCAUAUCUUCUGCUAAUCUCACACUGUUUGUUAGCAAAUUUUCGAUUUUCCUUUUCAACUUCAGACUGGCGCCCAGCUUAUUUACCCAGCCCCUGAGGUCUUCCGAUAGCUUUCCUCUCAAACGCUAUGUAGCUAGCUCCAUACAUGCAUCAUACUCUCUCUUUCUCUUCCACCCUCUCUUUCGCUCUUUCUUUCUCUCACACAUAGUCUGCAUUAUUUUACUCUUAUUCCUCCCGUAUUCCUUACAUUCCCACAUCUUAAUCGUGCCCACUAUUCCUUGUCCUUACCUUCGAUAUUCUUCUUGAUCCAAUAGACUGCCAGCUACCUAGCUCCUUUCCCCUGGACUUGUAAGUAUCGCGAUAACUUGACCUGUCUAUCCUACUGCAACGUUCGUGUAUAUCUUACUGCAUCUUCCUUCCUAUUGCAUUUUUCAGUUUCUGCUCUACCCUGCUGGUGUACUGUAUUUGUUAGACGCAGCUUUAUUCUAGACAACACUUUGGUUUGGAUACAAAAAUAACACAGGAUUCUUGGUGAAUCUCUCAGAUAGCAAUUUCUUAUAAAGGUACGCGCGCGACACCGUGGCAGGUACAAAACGGAAGUGGUGCAACUUGAAGAGAAAAAUGGAAGUAAAGAAAAAAAAAGAAGAAAAGAAAGAAACGAGAAGAAAUAAAGUCUAUGCGCAAGUUCGGCGUAAACGGUGAAUUCGAACGUGGUUUAUCGUAUCGUAUACUUCUUUAUCGUAUUGUGAUUUAUGCCUGUUACGAUCUUUCUUGACUCAUGCGCGCGUUUCAUACAUUUAGCCUCUACCUUAAUUUAUUCCUAUACUCUCGCCGGUCGUAAUGGUUCGUAAUAGUCGUAAAAGUUGCGUGCGUGAGGCUGCCAUUAAUCCUGAUUAUUCUCGAUCGCUUCACGGGUCACGCUUGCACGAUCAAUUCUUACGUUUUGUAAUUCUCCCUCGUAGCAUAUUGUUCCAAACAAUCGUCGAUGUAUAAAUACUGACUUUCGCAUGCGUCUGUCGCCGUAAUAUACAAAUUCUCCUAUUUCUUCUUUGUUUUCUGCCAGAGCAAGCUACUUAUUCUUUCGUACGACGAUUUUCCUAGCGACGCACUACGUGUAACUUGCCAUUGCUUGUCCAACGAGGAAAAUGUAUAAUAACAUCCAUGUUAUAUACUAGCCUAAUUAAGUAUUAAUUAGAAUGUAUAUAGAGGAAGAUAAGACAAGCGAUGAUGGACCAGUAUUGUAUUGCAACAGGACCACUACCUUCGUCCUAAAUUUUAAUUUACUAUCUGUAUCUUACUAAAUGUAUAUUUUAAUUUAUUAUACAGAUUAUUAUAUAUCUUCCAGUUCGUCUUGUUUUGUUGUUCCAACAGUAAGAUUUGCCUGCCAACGCGUUUCUACGUAUAUUUCUAUGCCAUAAUCCUGUACGCGAGCGUACGUUUCCUUAUUAAUGAUACUCAAUGUUUGUGUCAGUCUUUGGUAUUUCGUUCCAGUUCUGGCUGUUAUUCUGUGGUUUCUCUAUUCGUCCAAGCUCCAUAAUACUCUCAACUUCAUGCUUCCCUCUAUGAAGUUUGCUAGUUGGCAUAUUAAUUUUUCGCUUUUCGUUGUUAUCGUUUCUGUUCAUUUCUUAUUUCUCAAAUUGAUUGGUCUGACUUCUGUGUAUACUGUGCAGCCAUCGAGUAUGUGUUUCCCUAUUUCCUGUUUCCUCAAUUUCGCACAGUCGACGUAAUAGGUUCCCCUGUAUUUUAUACUCAAUUAUAACCCAAUUUGCCAAUUAAUCUUACCCAUGCAAUAGUUUCUAUCGACAGUGAUUUAUUUAAAGUUAGAUAGUUCGACGCUUAUCGAUGGCAUAUCCUGAAUUCUUUUGUCGUCGCGGCGUAUAUCAAAUUUGAUAUUUUAAUAUAUUACAUUUCGUUAAAAUUGUUUCACGUUAAAUAGAAGCUGGAUAUCGUGUUUAUUAAAGCGGGUAAAUAAAGUUGCAUUUAUUAAAAAGUCUAUAACGUCGAAAGUGGAAGCUACCAGCGAAAUAAAAUAAGUGAAAUAAUACAGUUCAAUUUCAGUUCCUAAAGGUACACGUUAACUUGGCAUUCGUAUACACUGAUAUGCUGUGGGUACAUAAAUUUCCACUUGAAAAAUUAAUAUUAAUUUACAACACGACGCAACAUUUUAUCGAAAAUGCAAUUUCAAAUUUCCUGCAAAAUUCUACUCGUCGUACUCGCGUUCGAUAUACAAUUUUUUAAAACGUACAAAGAUUCUUCCCUGAAGGUUUAACGUUUCGUUAAAAAUACGCUGUUAUUCCAUAAUUUAUUGGAAAACAGCGAAGUUUCUGAUAAUGGAUCUUAUCGUUUUCUACCGAAUAAUCAAUUUUUCCUGCCCAUCACAAUAUUUGUCAUAUUUUGCGAACUCGUUUCAGGAUGAAGUACGAAUUGAGAUCGUACGAUUCUUUAAGUUCGACGCGGUCAUUAACAAAUGCAAAAGCACGGAAACUACGGCAAACAAAUUAACAGAUACGACGAAAUAAUGAUCUAUCUUUGGAAAUUUACGUACUUGUCGAGAUGAAAUAGCCAACUUCGUCACGUUUCGUUCGAAGUGAAAUGUUAUUCGAUAAAAUAAUUCAUCGAUACCGAUAUGAUAAUGAUGAAAUCUCAUUUUCAAUGUAUUUCACGUGAUUCUAACCGGUUCUGCCAAUUUUACGUAGUAAAAUAUCGUAUGACAAAUUACGUACGAAAUCAUGAAAAGAUAUCAAUUUGAAUAAAAUCAAUACAGUUUCUUUCUCGAUAUCGUCUUGAAAGCUAUGCAAAAAAAAAGAGCAACAGAGCAAAUACAGUUAGAAAGCUCACCGUGAAACGAAUAUUUUUCAUCGCGGUUGUUUGUUUUUCAGUGGAACGACUGUUUAAUCUCAUGCAAAAGCAUCGGAACACCGCUAUUUACUCGCGAUAACAUCGUUAUAAAUAUUGUUGGUCAAUGGUGAAACGUUUAGAUCCAGAUUCUGCGGCGUAAGAGAGUAUUUCAUAAAUUUCAUAAACGUGAUAUACAUUGUAGGAUCUUAUACUACGAUCAAUUUAUUUGCAAUGAAUGAAUCGUACAGAUGUUGAUUAAACAGGAAACGAUGAUUGUUUAACGUGAACUAAUCACAAUAACGUACUAUGAUAUAGACAACUAAAUAGUUAAUUCGCAACUCUCGUCACCACGGAUCCAACGCACUCUCUCUCUCUCUCUCUCUCUCUCUCUCACGCGAACCACACUAUCUCGACAACGCAAUUCGCACUCUCUGACUUCUCAACUGACAUUCUCCGGCUUCUCCACUGACACUGAUCGUUGAUUCGUCUUUCUCUCUUAGCAUCCCUUUGUCUUUUUAUCUUAGCUGCACCACGCACGUGUUCCGCACCAGCUCGUGGCCAAGGUCAUGCAGGCCUGUUCCACGAAACUAUUCGAUUGAAGGAUCGACUGCACAUUGUUGAGCCUGUUGACACCUCGGCUUUCUCGCGACAUUGUUUAUGGUUCAGCCGAUAUCUCUUAGACCUUUUGUCCACGAUACUACAACAUACAUAAAUUCCCAGGAUGAAAUGAACAUAAUUUUCCAGCAACUUUGAAAAAUUGGCGAACUUGUAUGGUACUUUGUUGGAGGCGGAGAGGGAAGAUAAAGUCCAAUGUGCUAUCGAAUUUGUAUUAACAAAAUUAUUGUAAGAAAAUACUGCUACGUAAGGAGGCGUUAAAAAAUAUCGUAGCAUGUACGAUUAUUCAUUCGCACUCUGAUCUAUUGUAUGAAAAAAAUUGCUCUCACUUACUGUAUAUCUACUUACACAAGUAUACAGGUCUUCUCACGUUUACCGAGAAACUCGCAAACCAAAGCAGAGCGGUCGCGACGAAUACGUUGGCGAGCUCUGUAAAAGCGUAGUCUUCUCGUUCGGAAAUUACAAAAGUAACAAAGAUAACGAUCGGUCAUCUAAAUCCUACGAUCCUAAGAUCCACGAUCGGCUGCUUUAUCGUUUUGAAAUUUAUGGAUCAAGUCAGAACGAUUGCGUAUUUUACACGAGUUUAGUGGAUACGUGAAGCAAUGGAAAAUUGAUUAAAAAUCGACAGGAUCGUUUUCAAUCGAGGAUCGAGUCGAUUCAAAGUUUGCGAAAUCUCGAACGAGGCUCUAAAUUUGGAAUAUUUCGAGGAAAAGCGGUUUUCAAGUUACGCUGUUCCAUAAGCUGAAACGCUUAACGCGGUUCUUGCGUUUAACGUUACAUCGCCUUCUGUCGAAAUAUCUGCUAUACCAGUGUGUGUUAGAACGAUCACUGUAGAACUGUACUACAUUGUUAACGUCAGAACUAUAAUAGAACCAUAAUACGUACCUAAAUGUUGCCUAUGUAAAUCAGUAUAAAAUUGUAAGGAAAUUAAUUCAAUGAAAUGCAUCUAAAUAAUUGCGUGUCCGCUAAAUAGAAGCCAGCAUUAAUUUUCGCAAAAACAUCUAUACGUUCUCGGUAAUCGUAAAAGGAGAAGAAGUAAUUAUUAUUUUGUUAUAACACGUAUGAUUCCAGUGUUAAUAAACAUCCACCAAAAUACGUUGUAGAGAGCCCUUAUUCGAGGUUUCCAUAGGAUUAUCGAGAAGCGUGCGACAGUAUCGGCGUAAUUCCCGGCGCGUAUUAAUUUCGAGGAAAGAAAGAGGGGACAAAAAGGUACAAAACAAGCGUUUCCCUGGCGUAGGCAAAGAGACGCGCCAUAAAUAAUCCGCUUUACAACGGCGGUGAGUCGUGCAUCCGCAGAGGUUAGCGUGAAAAGUGCAGCUUGCAUCGGUGCGCCCUGUUAUUCCGUGCAAUAAAUACCUCUCCGUGUUCGGGCAGAAGUUAAAUUUCGAUCACAGAGUGCUCGAUGUCGGGGUCGGAUAAACUCUACACCACCCGAGCUGUAUUCGCUACGAACCCGCUCGAAAUCCGUUCCGUGGUCUUACGAUUCGAAGCGACAACCGCGUCGAACUCCUUCGCCACUGCGAUAAGUCGAGGAAACAAUCCCCUUCGAUCUCCUACCGUUGAAUUUCGCGCUUCACGUUACGGGAAACCUGCGUUCUAUACGAAAUCGUUCACAGGUUUCCUUCGUGAGAUUCACCAUGGGUCCAACGGUGUAUCGAAAAGAAUGAUUUUUUUCGAUGAUGAACGAGCCGCUCAUCCGCCAAAUCGGCUAACUCCGCGAAGCAGAGAGUAGGAAAAGUUGUUGAAAUUAUGUAAGAUAAGGAUCGAUCGAGUGCUGUGGCGCUUUAAAAAGUUCGAGAAAGUUAAUGGAGUUAACCGCUUUGGCCUGUGAAAGAGCUCAAAUCGCGUACGCAGAUGUACGGAAUCUGGGGAACGUUUAAUCCGCGGUGUUCUAUUUGUACGGGACAUUUAAAACUUGAUACACUUUAUAUGGGCUUUAUCGUGAAAGGUAUUUUCUUUUUUCGAAAAAUGUUGUUUCCUAAAUAUAUAAUAGCUACAUACUUUUGGGAAGGGCUCAACUGCGAGCAAUAUAAGCUGGAAUCAAAAUUCGAUGGAAUAUAAAUUUUAGCGAUAAGUUGGUAUUAAAUUUAAGACAAAUACUGGUUCUUAGGUUGACAAGUAUAAGCAUUGAACAUAUCGCGAGCUUGAAAUUCAUCAUAACGCGUACAUAUCAAAGUGUGAUAUAAGCAAAUUUUUCUACGGUAUAAUAUAUAUAUAUUAUAUGUAUAUAUAUACACGUAUUUUUUACUACAGUAUAAUUUUCAUGCGAACGAUCAUUAAAAACUUGAGGUAUCGAUCAAUAACAUUCAAUAGUUUCAGCGAUAUAAAAAAUUAAUGAUCGAAACGCAACGUAAUUUAAUAUGUAAAAAGUAUUUAUCAUUCUCUGAAUGAUUCGAAAAGGCAUCAGACCGAAAGAAUCAAGAAAAUAUAAACAUAAUUGACUCUGUGUAAAAUGGUCGACAAUUCGUUCAACGAAUCGCAUUGUAUGAGAUAGCGAAUAUUUUUUGACGUUUAUUUAAAUUCUUUUAAUACGAAAUACAUGUAAAUCAAACGAUAUAACGUAGAUAAUUUUCCUUGUUGAGAAAAAUUCAGAACGUAAUUAUCUGGUUGUUUGCCUACGUUAAUUAGUUCUUCUCGUGUAUAGUCGUUAGACGAAGGAAGAGAUCGCCGCCGAAUAUGCACAAACAUAAGCUUGUAGCAAACGUUAGUUCGUCUUAACUGAUACGUCUAAUCGAUACUAAUCAAAGCGAAAUACAAACCUUGAUCUUUGCAAACUAGUCUUCGCAGGCAGUCGGUAAGCAGCUUUGAGCAAGAAUCAACUGAGUUUGCCUAAGCAAUAAUUUUGACGAAGUCUCGUAUAUGUAUCUGCAUAUACGCGGUACGAUCACAGGCAAGUAAUUAUAGAAGCCGUGAGCAUUACAACUUAAUCAGAUGAUGUUUCUUGCGAAUGAUUUCUACGAAGAGAAAGAUGGAUCGUUGGAAAUUUGUCGCUGAUACUCGGGCAAUAUAUUUUCCGACACGAUCGAUAAAUAAUUUCCAAGUAUAAUAGAUUGUUAAUAUUUAUUUUCGCGUAAGUUUUAUUACGAUUUUUCAGAAUUCCAAAGUUUUAAUUAAAUUUUGGGAAAGUUCGAAAGCAGCGCUUGGGUUCGCGACAACUCUGAAUUAGUAAAACAUUCGAUUACUACGGUUGCUAUCUUUUUCAACUUCCCUCUAUAAUAGGAAGCAUCUGCUUAUCGUGCAAAUUAAUCUUGUACCGUUUCGAUAUCUGAUUUGUCAUAAUCGACCGAGAUAGGCGAAACACCGGAAACUUUGCAUCGAAUAGCUGUCCUCCUUGUUGUUUGUCUUAUCUCGAGCGACGAGAUAGAAGACGAGCGAAGUAGAAAACAAGAGGACCAAGAGUUUUCUCGAAAACAUUCGCCAAACAUUCUACAAAAACAGAGAUCAAAUACAUUGGAGAUAAAAACGAGAGAGUCUUCAGGAAAGUAGCCUGGCAAAAGAAACGUCAUAGUUCUUUCCAGCCAGUUCGUUUCAAACGUGAAAUGUCCGCUGCAAAAAUGCGUCGCGGCCGUCAGGCAAGGACAAAGUUGGCCCUGACACGAUGUACCCGCGUGCUACGUCGAGUUAGCUAGCGACGCAAGUGAAUUAUAUCUUGUUACGAACCGGAAGGGCCAACUCCUGUAGACGUCGCUCGCGCGAAUAAAUUGUAUCUCUGGCGGCGAAGUGGCCGACGACGACGCAAGGAGACCCAUCCCGCGGAAACAUUAGAAACCGUGAGGCGAGCUGGCCCCGAGGAAAAAAAGAAACGAACGUUACUUUGUAGACGAGCACCGUACAACCUGCUGAAUUAAUUCGGUGCACUAAAGACCCCGUGUCCCUUUUGCAACGACGCAAACGUCGUCCAACCUUUUUCAUCGCUGUGUUUCACGUUGAUGCGCGUUCAAAGGCGGCCGCGGCAUUAUCGCGUUAGAUUUGGCCAUGUAGUUUAAAAGGUUCUGUCGAGUUCUCUGAGAAAAAGUUUUAUACAGCGUGAUCUUUCGUGUUUAUUUUCCAGUGGAAUUUAUCGCGUGUCUUGCUUACUGUCGGCUAAUAAUGUGAAGCUGCCUUUUUUAUAUAUUUGCACGUACAGUGAGAUUUUUGGAGAUUGGUGUAAAAAGGAAAUGAAGGAGAUUUGAUUUGGUUUAAAGCAUCCGAGUCGUAGCUUUUCGAUUAUAAACUACCUAAAUUCGUCCUAUUAUAAACAUAUGCUAUAAUUAUUAUAAACAAAGGAAAGGUGAAACGAAUAUAUUAAAGGCAUCGUUCUUCUACGUUCUUCAUCGUAGUGUUGCUUUAUAUAGACGUAUAUACUUGCAAAACGGGAAUUUAUUCCAAAGGUAUUUUACAGUUUGGUAGCGGAGAAAAUAGUGUUUAUAAAGAAAUGGCAGCUCUUAUACGAAUAUAACUAUACUUUUGUAUGUGCCAUUUAUUAAAAUGUAAAUCUUAUUCAACACAGCAUGGAAGAAAGAAAGCAUUUUCCACGUAAAUUCCGAUUUGGAAAUAAAAAGAGCAGAAAAGGGUCGGCAAGAACAGCCGGAUUAAGAUUCGAUCGAAGAACCCUCUAAAUUAUCAUGGUCGUUCCAUUAAUCUUCCUCGCGAAUCAUUUUUGCAUAUGACUAGGGCAUAAAUUUAAUUCAACGCGCUGCUCAGCUUCGUAAAUAGGAUGGUUAAAUAAUUCACGCGUUCUGUUACGUUGAUAUUCAGUUCCUGCUCUCAUAAUUCAUUUCCUCGCUUUACGCCACCAGUAACUAUCGGGCCGUGAUCCGAAACUUUCACUCGCUACCCUCAAAUUAGCCGAUCGAUGUAUUUCACCGACUGCUCGACUCAGCUCGAAAAAUUUUCGCUUUCCUCCAGAAAUUCCAUGUAAAUUUUCUCACGUAUUCCGCAAUUUUUCGUUCCAGAUAUGACAAGCCUGAAUGCUGUAUUCGAACAAAAAUUAGUUAAAAUUGGUCGACUGCGUUCGUAGCGAAAGUUUAAAUGGACUCGGAUGGAAAGUAGUUGCAGGGCUACCGAAUUUCCUAGUUAUACGAACAGAAUUAAUUGAACGAGCCAGAUAUUUAUAAUCCCGAAAGAACGUAUUUGCAAAUUAGAAAGGACACGAUCCAAACGUCGAAGCUGCCUGUAACGAUGCACGCG